AAUCAAUUUCAAUUUGAUAAAUGAUACCUUAAGUGUUGUUCCAAUUGAUAAUACAUUUUCGUAGAAUAUUAUUGUUGUUACAAACUCUUAGGGUCGUUCUAGUACAAUAGUAACAAUAGUCGUUAUUAUUUUGAUUAUCUGAUUUUGUUUUAUAUUAUGUAGUGUGUACUAUUUAGUCUUCUAUCAUAGAAUAAUAAUUGGUUUAUAAGGGGUUGAUGUGUUUACAGACUAUUGUACCUAUUACCUAUAAUACGAAUGUUUUUUAUUUUUAUUCAGUUAUGAUAUAUUUGUUGCUAAGAUGUAUGAAACUGAAUAUUUGACGUUGAAUAUCACAUUUAACAGUAUUGAAAAACAUUUUAUUUAAUCAUUUAUUAAAUAUUAAUUGAUAAUAAAUAUUAAUUAAUUAAUAUUUGUUUAUUAUGGCAAGCAAAAAAACAAAUUCUACAAAUAAUAUGCAAAUCACUUCAACUUUGGAUCAUGAAGAUAACUUGCGUAAAAAAACAUGUAUAACACCUGAAGAUAUAUUUAGAUUACCAAGCAUAACUAAUGGAUAUCUUUGUUCUCCUGAAGCUAAUAUUUAUAAAAUAGACUUUAUACGUUUUAAAAUACGAGAUCUUGAUUCUGGAAUGGUUUUAUUUGAAAUAGCAAAGCCAGAUAGUUUUGAUGAAAACCCAGUUGAGCAAAAAGAUGAAAUAGAUUUAAACAGUGGUCGUUUUGUUCGUUAUCAAUUUACUCCAAAAUUUCUAGAGUUGAAAUUAGUUGGUGCAACUGUUGAGUUUAGAGUUGGUAACAAGCCGGUAUCUAAGUUUCGUAUGAUUGAACGCCAUUAUUUUCGGAACAAAUUAUUAAAAAUUUUUGACUUUGAUUUUGGUUUUUGUAUACCAUAUAGCAAAAAUACAUGUGAACAUAUCUACAUGUUUCCAAAACUAGAACCAGAAUUAAUUCAAGAAAUGAUAAAUAAUCCAUUUGAAACAAAAUCAGAUAGCUUUUAUUUUGUGAACAAUCAACUUAUAAUGCAUAAUAAAGCUGAGUAUGCUUAUAACGGUGGAACUUAAUACACUGCAUUCUACAUAGCAAGUAGUAAAAUAUUUUUAAAAUCACUGGCAUUCAUUGUAUAGAAUAAUAUGUGUUUGUAUUUUACACUUCUCAUUUUAUGUGAUAAUGAUUUAAUAUUUAUAAAUUUUCUAGUACUUAUUAUAAACUUUAUAUAUGUGUUUCUAAAUUGUUAAAAAAUUAUAAUAAGUUGUGAUAUUUUUUUUAAUAAUGUAUUAGUUUAAUUUAUAGCACAAUUAUAAGACACAUUUUACAUAAAUUAAUAAUUUAGUGUUAAGGGUUCCUUUCUUAAUUGACUUUUGUUGUGGUUGUGUGAAAUUAAAUGCAAAAAAAUUGUUGUACUUAAAUAUUGCACUAAUGAAAAUUUAUUGUUGAUAAAUAUUCUUCCUAUUAUUUAUGAAGUACAUUUUUUUCAGAAAAUGGUAUUUAAUACCAUUAUUCACUCAGUCUUUCAUUUAAUAAUCAAACUACACAAGCCUUCAUUUUAAUAUUUAGAAACCAGUGCUAUAAAUUGCACUUUACAAAUAUGUAAAAGUUACCCAUUUAAUUCUUAUUUAAUCUAAACUAUGUUUGAAUAUCAUUCUUCUAUGUUGUUAGACUUCUUCAUUUCACUUAAAUUAUGUAGUGAAGGCAUAAUUAUGACUUAUGUACUGGGGUGAUUUCAAAGGGGCUAUUGUGUGUCACGGCCCCCAAAAGUUUAUAUACGUUAUUCUAUGUUAAUUUUUGAAUAUAUAAUGGACACUAGGGUGGCCCUCAAAAAUCGAAUGUCCUUUUUUUUUUUACGCUACCCCUUAGUUUUUUUUUUAAUGGUCAAAAAAAUGAGCUGUGCAAAAUUUGGGACCGAUCUGUUAAGGUUAAUCCGUGUCCUCGGUCCUAUUAAGUUAAUAAUAAAUCUAAUAUAAUUAUUGUACUUGACAUAAAAAAUUAAACUUCUAGAAUCUUUUUUUAGACGAAUA